UCUGUCUUAAAUUUAAUUCCUACGCUUUUCGUCAUUACAUAUUUGUAUAAGUAGUCUAUAUAUGAUAUAUGUCAUUGGUCAUUAGUGCAUUAGUGUCAUCUGUCAUCACUGUUUACUUUUAUUACUUUUGACAUUGGUGUAUGACCCACUUUUUGUUUUUAAUAUUAUUGUAUUGUAAUUUGUAAUUGUGUUAGAAAUGUUGGUUCAUUAUUUGUGCUAUCUACUAUAAAUAACAGGGACUACAUAUUAAUAAAGAGAUGUAGUAUUAAUAUUAUUAAAGUUUUAUUAAUAGACAUGGAGGACCUAUUGAAACUUGUAGAAAAGCUGUCAAGGCGUGAAAACGACCAUAAUAAAUUGGUCAAUUUAUUUUAUAAAAAAAUAAGUGAAUUUAAGCAGAUUGAUAAAAAUGAGAGUGGAUAUAUCUCUGAGUAUAUUCUGCCUAAAAUAAAUGACCUUUGUAACAAAGAAAUAAUCCAAAAGGAUGUACUGUAUUUAUCAUUAAUUGGUUGUCAAAAUUUGGAUUUAUUACAAAGAUUUUUAAAAUACAAUGAAAAUGCAAUUGAAGUUAAUUUGGAAAAUGCUACAAAGUUAUAUGAUUAUUGUUUGUGCAAAAAUAAUCACUGGUUCAAACACAUUAUUGGUUCUGACAAAGUAUUAAUAUCCAAUAAAAUAAUUCUUAACAAGAUCCUGAGUUUACAAUUAAUCUAUUUAACUAAUUUUUGUAGACUACAGUUGGACCAUAUUAAAAUAUUAUUAGCAGAAAUUAAUGAAGAUGUUCAUCCCUUUUGGAACAACUAUUUCAGGUUGAUUAGAUAUUUUAUAAAAAUUAUAGAGUAUUGUGAAUCACAAGUAUCGAAUAUUAAUGUGAAUGAAAUGUUUUUGUAUUUUCAAGAGAAUUGUAUACUACAAACAUUUUCUCAUUAUUUCAAAUUAAAAACAUCAAAUUUAGAGGAUAUUCUGCAGUUUAUUAAAGAAGAAGAAAAUAUUUUUGAAAUUAGCAGCUCACAAUCUUUCCAGUUUGAAGCUUUUAUGAUUAUAGGAAAUGUGUUUCGUUGUAUAACUAAAACACCAAAUUUAAAUAUAAGCCUUACAGUUGACCAUAUUAAGUCAAAAUUAUUGCAUAUUCAAAGCUUACCAUUACUACUUGAACUAUUGGAGAAUAUAUUUGCAUCAGUUUUCACAGAAACAAGUUAUUUACAUUCAAAAACUGAAGAAAGUACACAUAUAUGUGAAGAAAAAGAAGUCAGACUUAUUUUGUAUUUAGUCAAAGAAGUACUUGAAGAAAUAAAGUUAAAAUAUGUUCAGUCAAAGGAAUCUGAAGAAUAUUAUAGGUUGUCCCAUUUAAAUAAAGUAGUAGCCGAUGCUAUGUGGAGAAUGGAACUAAUAAGGAAUGUAAAAAAAAAUUCAAAAUGUGAAAAACUUUUAUUAAAAUAUAUGUUGUCUUCACCAGAAUCCUUAAUUCAGAUGUGCUUGAAGAGAAGUGACUUUGAAAGAGCAUUUCAAGUUAUAAAGAUAUUUGCAUUGGAAGAUCCUCAUUUAACCAAUGAAAUUAAAUUUUGUGAAAAUUUGGUUAAUCUACGAGAUACUUUAAAGAAAACAAUUAGACUUAAAACAAUUCAAAAAGUGAAUCCGAAAAUAUCCUUCUCAACACUAGAGGUAUCUGUUGGCAAAACUGUGGAUCAAUUCUUUAAGAAGAACUCUGUCAUUUUCAAUCCAAAUAUAGAACAGCGGAUUAACGCCAUAUCAGAAAAAUACAAUUUUUUCAAGCAUCUCACCGCUGAUAAUGAAGUUUUUAUGAAUAUGUUAGAUUUGGCUAUUACUCUUCCACAGAAUUUUGAAAAUUCAGAAAUUAUUUUAGCUCUUGCUUGUGAAAACAAUUCUUUGGAUUGUAAUAUAACAUCAAAUUAUGCCAAAUUCUGUAAAAAGCUUCUAGAACUAUUUAAGGAAAUUGGCAAAGAAAAAAACCGAAGUAUUGGUGAAAUCCUAACAUCACCCGACUAUAAAAUAGAUUUAAAUAAAUAUACAAAACAAGAAGAAUUUUAUAAUUCUUUAUCUCGAGCUUAUAAUGAAGUCAUUGAAGAUUUGCAAUUAACUGAGUCUGGUUUCUUGAACAGUAAACACCCUAGUCAUAAAUCUGUACUAAAAAUCAAUAAAUUAUGUGUAGAGUACUCCGAUGCCAAUUUAUCUGAAAACAUAAAAUAUCUUUCGAAAUUAUAUAACUAUUUGAAAGCUUUUGCUAGAAUAUUGUAUAUAGAACAAAAUACUUCUGAUAUUGUUUCAAAAGGUAAAAACACAUCUUACUUUGAUUUACUGACCUUUAACCGAUCGGAACUUAUGGGAAAAUUGUUGUUUGAACGUAACUUGGAUCCAAGCGAAUUCGAAAAAUAUUUCGGAAAAUUAAAAUUAGAUUAUUUGUAUCAUGUAGUAGGCAACUGUUUUCCAACAAUUAAUCUUCAUAUCCAAGAAAAUGUUACAAAAGAAGAACUGUAUCCAGAAAAUAAUCUUUAUAUUCCAACUAAGGGUAUCAUAACUUACAUUCAAAGAAGAAAUUGGUUGUUGGCUUAUAUAUUAAAUAAAAUGUAUACAAUAGAAGGAGUUUUCAUUGAUAUUAACGAAGUAAGAGUAAGAGUGUUUAUGAAUUAUCUUGCUUUACAGAAAAUUGCCAUUUUGAAACAACUCUACAAUGAUAAUGUCAUUGUCACUGCAUUACAAAAUGAAAUUAACGUGCAGAAAAUGUCAGAUUUUAUAAACGAACGGAUACUACAGCUAGAGUCAUUGACAGCCUCUCAUUAUAGCCAAAAUUCUAAUGAUAGUUUUGAAACGGGAGAAGAAUUGCAAGAAGAUAUGCUACGCUCUGUUAACUGGAAAGACAUUUUCGAUCUAAUAAGAUGCGUCCCAGAAGAUCAAAUGAAAAAAAAUCGCGUCUUUUUUAAUAUGAUGGACACUGUACUCGUUAGUCUAAUUCAAGAUGCUUUGGAACCUGAGUAUCAUCGUUACGUUUUAUUUAUUAACAAUAGAGAUAUGCGUAUAAGUAUGAUCUUGGAUCAUAUGAAGAACUGGCAAGGAUAUUUUUGUUUGGAUGUUAUUAACUCGGAAAUAUCCAGAUAUGAUGGAAUGCAAGAUGGCAAACUUGUAGAACUGAAGAUGUGGUUACUUCACAUUACUUUGUGCGAGAAGCUUAAAAGUAUACUUGAUGUAUCGUCUUGGUACUCGGCUUAUAAAAUGGCAGACAGUAACAAGGAACUUGUGAUUGAUAAACUUUUAGCAUCUAACGACAUCAAUAUUUUGUUGGAUUUUAUUGACCUUCAGACACCAAGUGAAGCUUUAUUGGAAAAAAUUAACGAACAUUAUCUAAUACGAAUAUUUGACAAUAUCACUGUAUUUGAUUCGGUAAAACUCUUAUUAGACACUCUACCAUUUAACCACAGUAUGAGGAUUUGUUAUAAUUUGAUAAAAUUACUCCGACAACUUGAACACCUGCAAUUCGUAGUAGAUUAUCUGUUAAAUAACGUUAACAAUGAUUCUUUAAAGAAUGUAGAGAUCAGUUUAAAGAUGCUAUCGGUUUUUGCACAAAACGAACAAGACCAACUACUUUGUCUUCUUUAUGAACCAGUUAGUAUAAUUGAAAUAUUAAUAAUGAAUACCAAAAUUGAUAAACUGGCAUCUGUACUGAAUAUCUUGAAAUCUGAAAUAUCUCAAACGGAAUUUAAUGAAGAAGUAAUUUCAGUAGAAAAGAUUGACGAAGUUUUAAGAAUCUAUGCUGAGAAAAGUCUUGAUUUUCGUAUAAUAACUCAACCAAAUCCAAGACUUUUAAGAACUCCCGAACAUAAAUUGAUGCAGUCUUUAGAUUCGUUGAAUUUCGGUUCUGAUAGCAAGAACUUUGUUAUGCCUGAUGAAGUGCCAAUGAAAGACGAUUGGGUGUCUAAUAAUGAAGUAUUAGAAUGUAUGUGUUGCCAAAAAAUUGUAUUUUCCAUGUUCAAUCGCAGGCAUCACUGCAGAAGAUGCGGUCGAGUUGUUUGUUAUAACUGUUCUUUGCAACGAAUGUUGGUUCCUACUUAUGGAGAUAUUUUAGUUCGUGUAUGCUUAGAUUGUUAUCGUCAAACAGUAGGAGAAAGUGAGCUAUCAGAAUAUAAUGAUUCUGUUUCAUCAAAAUCCGUUGUCUAUGAUUACUGGUUACUUACUGAUGAUUCAACACACAACAAAAUAGUUAGAGAAGAGUUUUCAUAUGAACAUGCACCCAGUGUUUCACUGUGUUUAUCCCUUAUGAAAUAUCAUUCUAAAACAAUCGAAUAUCCAAAAUUCCUACUGGAUCAGUGCAACAUAAUGUUAAAAUUACUUCAACCAAGUCAAGAGCCAAUUCAAGAAAUAGAUUAUCUGCUGGUUAUCAAAAUGUUAAAAUCUUUAGCUAUGGCCGCUAAGAUGUCUUCUAUCGAAUGCACUCUACAUUAUGGUACCUCUCUGGCUGAUCGCAUUCUCUCUCAAGCUGAUUUACUUAGUUUGUUAGCUGAGAGAGGUUGCUUAAGUCUACUUCCUAUGUCGAAUACAUAUUCCCAAGGGCCUUAUAUUGACGCAUCGGUAUUGCGACGGUUAAGAGACAAACUUUUGGAAAGGGAACAAUGGAAUUUGGCACUGGAAGUUUCAACUAAAGCUGGCUUAGAUAACACAGGAGUCUUUGCCGUGUGGGGCAAGAGCUGUCUUAAAGCAGGCAGUUUGCAACUGGCCCGAGAAAAGUUCCAAAGAUGUUUUGAGAAAACAGGUCACUACGACAACUUAUCUGAAUAUAGUAUAUCAUGUGACAGUAUCGACAAUUUUUCCAGAUCCAGAAAUUUUUCUAAAGCAUCUAAUCUUAGCGCUUUAUCAGAAACAAAGCCCACAAAAAACCCUCCUUUAUUGAAUGAAAUAAUACAAAUUCUGGAAUCGAAUACUAGAGCAAUUGAUUCUGAAAUUAUCAAAGAAAAUGACAAAGAAAAACUGUCUGGAUCUUGUUUGACGCUAAAUCAAAGUUUUACUUACAACCAAUCGGAAUCUGCGAUUUGUAUUCUUAAUAAGCUGAAAAAUUUAGAGAGUAUUUCAUCGAAAUAUUAUUACCAACCAGUAGAGUGUGAUUCAAAAUCACAUUCGACUAGACCGCCGAUCCAUAACGUUUUUUUCAAUGAAUGCGUUUAUUAUUUGAGUAGAUAUGGCAGCCAUUUGGGAUUAUUAGAAUUUUAUAUAAAACAUGGUGAUAUUAAUUUGGCUUUAAACUAUAUUAUUGAGAAUAACUUAGGAACCGACGUUUUUAUUGAGAUUUAUAUGAAAUGCCUCAAAGACGGCAUUAUUGGAAUUUUACAAGAAAAUAUUUCUUUAAUUGAUUCCACUCUUGAUUUAUGGAAGGAUUAUCUCCGCCAUAUCUGCAGACAUCUAGAAAAACACAAUAUGUUGCAUUCUCUAUAUCAGUUGCAACAGUUUAUGGGAGAUUCAAUUAGGGCAGCCAUGACAUGUAUUAGAUUUUAUCAAGAAAAUGCUUUGAGUUUUCAAGACCUUUUGAAUAACGUUCACUUUUUACACAAAGCUGAAGAACAUUUAAAACACGGAGUAGAACAAGAACAAUGGGUUGAAGUAGCUACAGUUCGAAGACUAAGUUCUGCUUCCAAAACGAGUUUUGAAGAAAAGGGUAUAAUAAAUCCCUCGCUAGUUAUGAAAAUAAAUAUAAAAGAUAUCAACAAACAUAUCAAUACAAUAUGGAGACAAAAUGAAUUGGCUGAGUUUUUAGGAAAAUGUGAAGAAUCUGAAGUGAAACCAAUGCAAGUUUUCAUAGAUAUGAAACCAAAUGAAGAUUCUACAUCAAAAUCAAAUGAAGACAGACCUAAGAUUCCUACUUUAUUUGGUACAAUGAAAGACAAACUUUAUUUGGCUGUUUUAGCAAUAGUUUGUGGUCAAAAUGUUGACAGUGGAUUCGAAAUUGCUUUGAGGAUUAUCCAAGAUUUCAAUAUAAAGCCGAUCAAAAUAUUUUGUGAAGCCGGUAAGCAGCUUGCUAAAGAAGAACGAUACAGUGGAAUUGCUCAAUUGGUCAAUUGUAUAAAACAAAGCGGAACCAAAGAUGAAACUGUCACUGAUAUGUGUGAUGAAAUGCUAACACUUGCGGUAGCAACAUUUACCAAAGCCAACGUAUCCGGAACUAAAGUCGAAGAUUUGAUUAAACUGAUUUCUGACAAGACUACUAAGAUAUCUGCAUACAUAGAGGCCAAACAACUGAAAACCGCAUAUUUUCUUGCUGUUAAAUAUAAACGUAUGUCUGAUAUAAGAAGAAUCCUGAGGGAAGCAGAAUUGUUAAAUCAACCCAGUAUCAAAGCGCUGUGUCAGAAAGUUUUGCAAUCUCAUUCCCAUACACCAACUCAUUUUUCUAAAGAAUAAUAUUUUUUAUGUUGAUCUAGAUUAGAUAUAGCUAAUGCAAUGAAUACAAGAAAUAAAAUUUAAUUUUAUAAAACUCCCACAUAUUUUCUAACUGAUCUAUUAGAUUAUCUUUUAAUGUUAUUGUUAAAGUGCUAAAAUUGAUUCAAAAUCUCUAAUAAAUUGGUUUGGGUGUGUGGUAAAACUUUGUUUACCGUAUAAUUUUAUAUAUUUUACAUAAUUGUAAGGAGAAAGAAUGUAGACUGUUUUGUUAUCAUGUAGAUUUUUAGAUAAUUUUAUUCGUUUACUAAGUAUCGACUAUAAUCCUUUGUAGCUGUGACUUAGGCUGUGAUAUAAGUAGCCGAUUUUAUGAAAAUAUUUACAUGUUACUUAAAUUUGCUUUGUAUUUUAAAUUUAUCAAAUAUUUUUAUAAUAAACCAAAUAUCUGUAUAAUUUAUAUUUCACUAAAUAAAGCAUUUUAAAGGAG